CAUGCCCUGUGUGGCCAGUGAGGAUGCCCAGGAUGCCAGGGAGGGGGCAGAGGCAGCCCCAGGGAGAAGCUUCCAGCAGAACAGCCCUUCCCAUUCCCGUUGCCAUGCAGGGAAUGAAGGAGAGAUAAAAGUGACCUUGUCAAAAUCUGCUCAGGAGAAGCUGAGGAGGAAGAGGAAAGAAGACAAAGAACACAACCAUAAAGAGCAGCAGGAAGGCAAAGAUGUGGAAGGGAAGGAGGAAUUCCCUUGGGAAAGGAUUAGACUGAGUAUGAGUGAACCAGAGAAACUCACAGCAGAAAGGUUUAAUCUCUGUGGGGAUUUAUUGACAUCGCCAAGAAAUGGAUCUUUGUCCUUAGAAAAUGUGGCCUUGAACCCUCCCCUGAAAAGAACAUCCAGUUUGAAGAGGUCAAAGUGUUCAUCCUUGCUCGAUUCUGGUAAGCUGGGACAGUAAACUCUUCACAUAUUUGUGCAAUGGAG